UUCUGAGGUCAGAGAAGAUAAGUUAGUACGCAGUGACCACAUGGGCAUGCUAUAAACAUCUCAUUCAUCGUUACGAAAGCUUCAAUUAAUCGAUCUACCGAAUUGUAAUUGUAAAAGCAACUACUUUCCCAAGGAAAACUAGCUUUUCCAUUUGGUUUCAAGUAUCAGAACAGAACCAGUUAGAGAGAUAUGGUGGACAAGGAGAGAGUUUGUGUUACUGGUGCAGGAGGAUUUGUAGCAUCCUGGAUUGUGAAGUUUCUCCUUUACAAAGGCUACAUUGUCCAUGGAACUACUAGAAAUCCAAGUGAUGAAAAGAAUGCUCAUUUGAAAAUAUUGGACAAUGCCACUGAAAACCUCAAACUCUUCAAGGCAGACUUGCAGGACUACAGAAGCCUCUGUGCCGCCAUCACAGGCUGCACCGGAGUUUUCCAUGUUGCCAGUCCAGUUCCUGUGGGUCCUGUAGCCAACCCUGAGGUGGAGGUUAUCGAGCCUGUUAUAACGGGGACGCGUAAUGUAUUAAGGGCAUGCAGCGAGAUGAAAGUGAAGAGGGUUGUGGUUGUAUCAUCUAUUGCUGCUGUCAUUAUUAACCCCAAUUGGCCAAAGGAUCAACCCAUGGACGAGACAUGCUGGUCUGACGAGGAACACUGCAAAAGGGUCCAGAAUGAGUACUACCUCGCCAAAACAGUCUCAGAAAGUGAGGCGUUGCAUUAUGCAAAGACAAAGAACCUUGAUAUCAUAACGAUCUGUCCAUCCCUUACUUUUGGGCCAAUGUUGCAGUCCGAGUUGAAUUCUUCUAGCAUGAUUCUUGCCAAAAUUUUGAAAGAUGAAUGUGAGACAAUGUUAAACAUUGUACGGUGGGUCGUUGAUGUGCGUGAUGUUGCUCAAGCAGUUCUGCUGGCAUAUGAGAAGCCUGAAGCAGAAGGGAGAUAUAUUUGUUCGGCCUUCUCGGUCGAAAAGCAAGAUUUUGUCGACAAGCUGAAGGGCAUCUAUCCAAACUUCUCUCCAAUGAAGAUUCCUGUGGAAGAGAAGUAUCAGGAGUUGAACUGUGAGAAACUAAAGAAAUUGGGAUGGACAACCAGACCGUUAACCCUCACUGACUCAGUUCAAAACUACCUGGAGAAGGGAAUUUUAGACACUCAUUUGCUUAAAAACAUUUUGAAGGCUUACAUUUCGUUCUUGUCAUUUGGUUGAAUUCAUCGGUACCAAAUCAAUUUUCAAAAGUUCUCAGAUAAAACAAAUCAAUGUGCGAGACAUGAUUGAUCAGUUAUGUAAUUGGGGCCUCCUUGUUUAUCCAUUCAUUUGUUUGUUUCUGUAUUGACCACCUUCAGCUGUUGAAUCAAUUUGUGUGUGAUA